UUGCCUGGAAGCAAAAUGCAAUGGGUAAAGCGCACUGCGCUAGUUGACAGUCGCAACUCUGUGAAGGACAUAGACUUCUCCCCCAAAAGCAUGGGCUUAAAACUGGCCACCUGUUCUGCAGACGGUGUGAUACGAACUUAUGAAGCCUUAGACGUGACCAACCUUUCACAUUGGUCUCUGAUGGAGGAAUUCCAAUCCAAGGGCUGCUCCUGUUUGUCAUGGAACCCUUCUCGUUUUGCCAGACCUAUGAUUGCUGUUGGCGGGGAUGAUCCCGAUGUCAGUAUUUGGAUGUAUAAAAAUGCAAAUCAAACAUGGAUUGAGGAACUGAUUCUCAAGGGCCACGAAUCAUCAAUUGAAUCGGUAGCUUUUGCUCCCAACAUUGGAAGGUAUGCACUACGCCCCAAUACCUAUACACUUAUACCUUGGUGA